GAGCCUACGAAGUCUCUUUCUUGACCUUCAUCAUCCUUAGACCGUCAUAUGAUGUUUAUGGCAUGCGGCCCAUGCCACUAGGGUUGAAACCACCACGAAUUCUUCCCACAGUGACGGCUGUCAAAGUUCCUCAGGUCAUGAAUUGCGUCUCGUGUACGCCUUGAGCGUCGAAACGCGUAAGGGAGCUAUUCCUGUCGUGUCAACAGCCUCCUUCUGCCUGAGAAGACAGCUUCAUGCGAGGUGUCAGCUGCAUCCUCAUGAUGGCAACGACAGAUACUAGUGCAGCAACGACGGCAACUCAGGAGGAUUUCAUGAAGCUGACGAAUGACUACCAAUUCACUGAUGCGGAUAUCGUCAUUCGCGCCAGUGGGGUGGAUUUCUUCGUCCACAAAUUUACUCUCGCGAAUGCAUCACCCGUAUUCAAGGAUAUGCUGUCGCUACCAUCCGACGGUCCUUCUCAGAAAGGCGCGGAUGGGUGUGACAUUGCAAUCAUCGCCCUCGAUGAAGAUGCACUCACCUUUCAUCGGGUGCUAUGUCUUUAUUAUCCGCAUGCACAGGAUCCACGGGAUCUUGAUUUGCGUUCGCUUCACAGUUCUCUACUUGCACUCCGCAAGGACGAUAUGGAGAAAGGUCGAAUUCGUAUGGCGAGAGAAUUGUUGGCUCACGCCAUCAGCGCCUCUAUUCAAGCGUUCGCCGUAGCCUGAAACGCGGGACUGAAAGAGACCGCACGUUUCGCGGCUCGUUGUCCACUCAG